AUGCGGGUCGACACCCAAUAUUUCGAAAGACUCACGGCCCCGCGCAAGACGGAGUGCAGACCUCUCGUCUUCCGCGGUAAACAACCAAACCAAAACACAAAGAAACAGGCUCCGGCAAUCGUCAACCACCAGAGCGCCCACCGCCUCCCGUACUUCGCACACCAGCAGCUGGAUCUCGAGUACUUUCCCCCAGGCAAGUCAUCGGUUGACGGUCCCCUGAAAUGCGGAAAAUUCUUGGGAGAAUUUUUAAGUCUAACAUUAGCAGACGUUGGUCAAGCAGUUGGUGGUCCGAUAGUGGAAGGUGACAGAGACGCGGGCAACCAAGCCUGGGACGACGAUGAUAGUGACGGAGGAGCCGAUCUCGAGUCCGAAGCAGACGAUGACCUGGGUCUGGAGAGUCACAAGCCUAAGCCCAAGCGUCGCCGCGUAUUCGAAUCGGGCAAAAUCACCAAUGCAGCAGACAUCAAGAAGAUGAAGAUCCAAGGAGGUCGCCCCGCCGUUGCCAAAAAGGUCACCGCGGACCUGGAUUCUGAUGACGAGUUGAUUGUGCGCAUGAAAGAGGCUCGAUUUCUCGAGAAGGAUAUCGCGCAAGCUCUCAUCGACCAGGGUCGCACCGCCUACAACCCAAAAACCAUCGGCACCCGCUGGAGGCGCAUCAAGGCCGCCUUGCAAAAGAGACAAGACGAUCUGCUCGACGCAGAUUUAACGGACUGGCAUGAGGGAGAUGAUGAUGUUCUAUUGCAAGCUGUUAUCAAGACCGAAAAGGAAGUCAAGAGGCUCAAAGACGACAUCGAGUCGAAAAAAUGGCGCAUGGUGGCUGAUAAUAUGAAGAGAAUGAAGGCAUGUCCCACCAUUGUCAUGAUAGACGCAAGUUGUACUAACUAUGCGAACGUCCAGCCUGUGGUCAACUUCUCCCAGAAUGCUUGUCGAGACAGAUAUGAUGCUCUUCAACAUGGCUGCGCGAAACCCACGCCAGAAUCGGUCGAGAAUCCAACUCCUGAAAUCCUCGAGCGCAUCAAGUCGCGAAAGGACAAGGAGAGGAAAAUUCGAGAGGGCAACCAAAUUGCUGAGAUGGAGCAGAAGAAUGUGGAGGCUAAUGGCUGGACUUCGAGGAUGCGUACCUAUUUCUAG